UCGGAAAGAAACUUCCCGUGAGGAAUCACCAGCUGCCUUCCCACCUCCUCUUCCCUGGAAACUUGUGUGUGUCCCUUCGAGCCUUCCCAUGGCGGCCAUGAGUGACCUCUGCUUGCUCCUUCUCUUGAUGCUGCCCUUCUGCGCCUCAAGAUCAGUUCAGAACCUGGCCCUGGAAGAGAGCGAGGGGAGCGGAGACAGCGAGGGGGCUCCCCCCGACCCCACUACUGCCAGGGCGGCGCUGAGUGUGACCCCCACCUUGGGGAGCCUGGUGGUCGAUUCGGUCAAUGGAACCUUGCAUUCGUUCAACCUCCUGGACGGCAUCGUGAACUUUUUCCAGACCUACAUGCUCCUGAUCGUGGUGGUGGGCUCCCUUCUCCUCAUCUUCCUCUCCAUCGUCUGUGCGGCUGUCAUCACCCAGCAGAAGCACAAGGCCUCCGCCUACUACCCCGCCUCCUUCCCCAAAAAGAAGUACGUGGACCAGAACGACAAGGCGGGGGGGGCCAAGGCCUUCAGCGAAGUCCCCGAGAAGCCCUCCGAUGAGAGCCAAGAGGAGCCGGUAGAUUCCACCAAACAGUUGCAGGCGGACAUCUUAGCUGCUGCCCAGAACCUCAAGUCUCCCACCAAGGCCGUCAUGGCGAAUGGGAAAAGUGGCCCCGUAGAAGACCCACCAGUUGAAGGGAAAGAGGAAGGGGCCCCCAAAACAGAAGAGGCGGAGGAGAGCAGCUCCAAAGAGGAGGAGGAAGAAGAAGAAGAAGAAGGAAAAUCACCAACGGAGGCUGAGAUGCCUCCAGAGACACCAGCUCCAAACAGUUUGGCGGAUGCGGAGACCAGAAAAGAAGAGGUCCCACCUGGGGUGGAGACCCACCCAUCUCCACCUGAGGAGUCCAAGGAAGCCCCACCCACCGAGAAACCUGCCUCAGAAGGCCAGAAGGAGCAGAAGGAAGAGCUCAGUGCUCCACUGACUCUUGACCCUACAGAAGAACCCCAAAACUGAAUGGGGUCAGUUCCCAUCACUGACGGGACAGCUUAUAAUAUG